CACUCCCUCCAGCGGCGUCCCUCAGGAUGUGGUGUAGAACCGUGUUGCUGCUGUGUGCGUGUGCGGGGGCGUGGGCGCAGACGACCCGGCCACGCGACGACGACCAAGGAACUACCACCGUCGUUCCGAUCCUGCGACACAUCAACAAACUCAACGGCGACGGCUCCUACACGUACGGCUUCGAGGCUGCCGAUGGAACGUUCAAGGUGGAGACGCGAGACAGUGACGGGAACGUGAAGGGCAAGUUUGGCUACACGGACCAGGCCGGGAAGGUCAAGGUGGUGGAGUACGCGGCGGGCAACGGCACUGGGUUCGAGGCGCAGCACGACCUGAUCUCCGCCGAGGCCACGCCGCCGUCCCUCGACACCACGCUGCUCUCAGGGCCGUCCAGACCCCGAAGGCCGGUCAAGAGGGUUAAGCGCCCAAGAAGAAUAAGUGCGGAGGCUCAGCACGGGACUCCAACCUCCCCGUCUCCUCUCCCUCCUCCUCCUACUCAUUCCUCAGACCUCCUCCAGCCAUUCCCGCAUAUCAAUAAUCGUGGUCAUCCUUCGCCUGCCCCUCAGUCUCAUGUUGACCCCCAGUCCCAUGUUGACCCCCAGUCCCAUGGUAACCUCCAGUCCCACAAUAGCUUUGUCCCACACUUCGAUUCCCAGCCCCAGCCCCACGACGGGUUCGCCCCACAAUUCGACUCCCAGCCCCAGCCCACAUUUGGAGAAGACAAGUUCCCGAAGCAAUUCCCUGAUGACCAGCAACGCCCUACCUCCUUCAGCUCCCGGUUCCGCCCUCAGCUCCCUGACUCCGAGCCCCGACCAGUGUUCAGGCCCCAGUUUCCCUCUCACCCGGACAAUACCCAGCCCCAGGCACCACCCCAAGGCGACUUCAGGCCCCAGUUCCUUCCAGAGACUGAGCCACAGACAUUCAGACCUCGCUUCCCCACCCGACGUCCAGAGGAAGAUCCCCAGUCAGCCUUCACACCCAGGUUCCCCACACGGCCAACAUUCAGACCCCAGUCCCCUUCCCCACAGUUCCCGGUCCUCCCUAAGCCCCAGAUCCCCACCACAGAGCCCCAUCAGUUUUUGAGGAGAAAGACGGACAAGGAGCAGGAGCAGGACGGGAAGGCAGGCCCACAGCAGUUAUUCGGCAGGCCACAGUUCCCCACCACCCCCUUCCCCCAAUUCGGGACUCGUUUCCCCCAGGCAGGCGAAGGGCAGAGUGGCCACCCCACACCACCCCAGUCCUUCCCUAGGUCUCCUCAGUUCACCAGGCGGCGUCCCGGUAGCGGUGGCGUGAGAGACAGUUCAGGGUUCCCAGGAGAUAAGGAUGACGAGAGCCUCGUGGACACAGCAAAGGUGGAGGACGAGAAGACCAACAACCCCUUCUCACCCUCACCGCCCCCGCCUCCCGGUGUUCUGCCAGCAGGUACUUUCCCCUUCUCCCCAUCCCGACGCCCCUUCAGACCCCAGCCCGUAAGUCCCAAGCCCACAAAGGUGCCAGGGGUUCCCAGGCCCCAGCAGUUGUCCCCCGGCUUCCCCCAGCAGCCACAGUUCGGUGCUCAGACUCCCCAGUUCGGUGCACAACAGCCCACUCAGUUUGGGCAGCCUAAGCCACUGUUUGGUCAGGGAACGGGACAGUUUGGCCAAGGGACAUCCCAGUUCGACCAGGGGGUCCCCCAGUUUGGCCUAGGAGCGUCCCAGUUCGGCCAAGGAUCUCCACAGUUUGGCCAGGGAGUGCCGCAGUUCGGUCAAGGAGCGUCCCAAUUUGGUCAAGGAAUACCGCAAUUUGGCCAAGGGGCAUCCCAGUUUGGGCAAGGAGCAUCCCCGUUCGGCCAAGGAUCCCAUCAGUUUAGCCAAGGAACACCUCAGUUCGGACAAGUAGCACCCCAGUUCGGGCAAGGAGCACACCAAUUCGGUCAAGGAGCACCCCAGUUUGGCCAAGGAGCACACCAAUUCGGUCAAAGAGCACCCCAGUUCGGCCAAGGAGCACCCCAAUUCGGUCACGGAGCACCCCAAUUCGGUCAAGGAGCACCCCAGUUCGGCCAAGGAACACCCCAGUUCGGCCAAGGAGCACCCAAGUUCGGCCAAGGAGCACCUCACUUAGGUCAAGAAGCUUCUAAAUUCGACCAGGAUUCAUCGAAGCUGGGCGAGGAAGCGACACAGUUUGACAGACGGCCGCAGUUCACCAGAGGCACGUCCGUGUUUGUGCGAGACCCGUCUCAGUUCGAAAAGGAUUCCCCGAAGUUUGGUCAGGACACCUCAAGUGGCCAAGGAACGUCACGAUUUGGACGGCCACGAGUUCGCCCUCAGUUUGACCAGAGGAGGCCACAGUUUGACCAGGGUGCGUCGCAGUUUGGCCAGAAAACUCCCCAGAAGAAGCCGCUGUUUGGUAAGGAUCCAGACGAAGAGAAGGACGAGCCUCAUAGUGGACAGCCCCAGCCAGCGUUUGGACAGCAGCCAUUCUUUGGACAGCAGCCUGUCUUUGGACAGCAGCCGACGUUCGGACAACAACCGACAUUUGCGCCCCAACAGCCUGUCUUCUUGGCCCAGCCACAAUUCUUGGGGCAGCCGCUGGGACAGAGCUUCGGCAUCGCCACGCCUCAGCAACUGACGCCACAGCAGAUCAAGCAGCUUCAGCAGCAGGGCGGCUUCCAACCACAGUUUGUGCCUCAGCAGCAGGGUAGCUUCCAGCCACAGUUUGUGCCUCAGCAGCAGGGCUUCCCCGUGCAGGCCUUCCAGGCCUCGCCUCAGCAGUUCACGCCCCAUCAGCGGUUUGGAGUCCCCCAGGCAGCAGGGGUGCAGCCCUUCCGCGGCUCUCAGUCCUUGCUCAGCCCCGCCCAGUCGUCCGUUUCCGCCACCUCCGCCGCCAAGGAUGCGGACGAAAAGGAAACUUAGAGUCCUUCAGGAUACGCACGUGCACUCACCGUUAAGUCAGCCGAGCAGUGAUUCUCGUCAACAGUGAAGGAUCGUUGUUGUUGCAGUUGUAGGACUCUUGAUCCCAUUGUGAGGGAGUGUAAAGGUUCGGACCGGUGAACACAGAUGGCCAACAAGUUCAAGGGAAAAUGCAUGCUAGAUGGUCCUUUUAGCCCCAGAUCCCCGAAGGGCUGGCCGUGGGUGUUAGGGUCUCUCCUGAUCGUGAUAAGUGAAAGGUUUGACUGACAACAUUUUUGAAGGAAUGGAAUAUUUUUUUUUUAAUAGAAAACUGCUGUUACUAAAUCUUGCACUGACAACAAUUCUAGAGAUGUCCUUGGGAGGGGGCGGCAAGGACGGCAUUAGGGAGGGGAGGUGUGUUCUGUAUUUAUAGUUUCACCUACGCUGUGAUCGAUAUUGUUUUCAUUUACAUGUCUAAUGCCGAGGAAGCCUUGCCCCACCCUUUGAAAGAAAUAUCCUACCGGCAUCCCUUGCGUACUCAACCCCUCACUUCAACACAACACACUCCUUUUUUUCCACGAUAUCCGAUAACAUUAUUAAUAUCUCAACAUACUGCACAUUCCUCAGCUUUUAAUACAUCAACGAGCGGUCACAUUAUUUACUAUCAUACCAAGCGAGUCGAGAAGUUGAACCGACGCCAAACUCUCCUUUCCCUGCCGCCACUCUUUUUAGGACAGUGUAUAUAAACAAAUUCCUCUCCGUGCUAACACACACACACACACACACACACACACACAAUUUGGGGCAUGUCACAGUUACCUUCUUCCCAGCACUGAGGAAACGAACCAGGACGAAGAAGUUUAAUAAUAUUUUAAUACGACCAUGAAAAAAAAAAAAACCACCGUGAGACAAAAGACUGAAAAUAAAUGAUGAUGAUGAUGAUGAUGUUGAUGCUUCCACGCCCGACUUCUUCUAUUUAUUAAACGUCAUGUUGUUGUGUACCUCGAAAUUAUAUUAUCUUUUAUUAUUAUUGCAUUUUCCUUUUUAUUUCGUUUUUUUUUUAUUGUUUCCACUUCACGCUUGUACAUAGCCAGUGUUGCGACAAGUCUGAUCUAUAAUAAAUCAUUUUAUUCC